CGCUGACACGGAGAAGUGCGACGGCGACAUCAUCCUCAGCGGUGCCAAUGGCAUAGCUGGCAGCAGUACCUCCCCCCGCAUUGAAGAUGAAGACCAACCUGAGGAAUUAUGCAGGGCAGGCAAGUACUUCCGCGACUACCUGCAGCAGCGCAGCCCCCUCGCUUCCAAAGCUACUAUCGAGACACACGGGCCCAGUCACACAUGCGCGGAGAAGAACGUCAAGCAGCGCAUGGGCGAAAUGCGCUUACCACGCGGGCAAGAGCCGAGCGCCCAGUGCAUGGAGGUCCUCGACGUUUUCGACACCCACCAGGAAAACGAGGGCCACUGCCCGAUCAUCGCUGACAUGGUCUACACCGAGAAGACCAACAUCAAGCGAUGCGGCGAGCCCGUGGACCGUGCGAAGUUGAGAGAUCCAAGCGCUCAGCAGGAGCUCAUGGAUGAGAUCGCUACCAUCCCACUAUCACCCUACCAAGAGGAGAUGAACGACCACGCUCGCUACCUCGCAACAAGUACACGCGGCUGGGAUCAAGGACGGCGAGAACCUCAAGACACGGAAGGCCUCGUCAAAUUCGUCUUCCAGAUGUACGAAGCCCGCGUCCCCACCAUCAGCGCAUGCGAGGCCAUGGCGAACCCAGAAACUCUUCUUGCGCUUCAACGGGCAACCUCGGACAUCACAUACACUUACGCCCAGCUCGAGGAGAUAGCAUUGGCGGCGCUUGCAUUCUUGCGCGGGUCAUCGCCGCAGCUUGCAAGCGCCGCUGAAUCUGACCGCCCCAGUUGUCUCGAGACCAUCGCCAACAGCGCAAAGGACGCCUCCAUCAGCGACGGCUCCAGAAGAGCAUGGGCGGACAUCAAGAGGCCCCUGAGGCAUGGGGGCAGACCGGGGCGCAUUGCAGCUGAACGCCUAUGCGUCGUUGGCCCUGACGGACAACCUCUGCGUGAUCAACGGCAGCAAGCGGAAGCAGCACUGGGCCGCUUCGCCAUCGCCGAGCGUUCGCAGAUCAUGGGCUCGCAGGACAUUGCCGACAAGCGCAGCAACCGCGCCAACUACGCAUCCACAACCAGAACGCUGCGCGGCACACCGCUCCACUACAUCAUCACCAAAGAGGAGACGGAGCGACAGUUCACUCAGGCAAAGCAAGGAAGGGGUGGGGGCCCCGACAGCCUCAUCGACGACUGCCGCAAGAUCGCGCCGAAAGAAAUGGCCAG